CCGUUUUUGGACUACCGUGAAGGUGUUCAUCGUCAUUCGCCUCAUUCGCUGUUCGAUCGGGAGCAAAACUCAACUUGUACCGUGUGUGCCGUAAUCGUAGCACAGUUUGUAAAGCGCAUAGAGUACAGCAGACUGUGAUGGAGUGUGAGAGAAAAAUUACAUAAAACAAAACUGCUGCUCCGGUACCGUUUUCGUGGUCACCUUCGGUCGGAUUUUGUGCCCACCAUAGCUUGAAGAUUGCAAAGUGCCCUCUGGAGAAAAAGUUUGCUUAGUUUCGUGGUCAAAGGAAAAGUUAAUGCUGUACGUGCAAACCGCAGUGUUGUGCGAUCGAUAGCAGUCGUAUUUAUUGGAACCUGUGGAAAAUACAUCUAGAACAAUUGAAAAAAUAGGUUUUCUUUAAAAAAUAAAGUUGUGCUAGUAGGAAGAUAACUGAUGCCAGCGGAAGUAUCUGAUUCUACCUAAAAAAGCCCAUAUUAAAAAUGUUGGGCUCCUGAUACCAGAUUUUCAAACACGGUCCCUUCGCUCUCUUAUUCUUAUUUUACUAUUUGAAUCUCCAAAUUGGCACCAAGAGUGUGGAAGAAAGAGAGCAUCCAACCUGAUUCAACUAUAGAGCCCGUGUGCAAAAACAGCAGAGCAAAAAUGCGAGCCUACUACCGCUAGCAGUACUGCUUCUGUGAAGGAAUUUUCCCAAAAAUCUUCCCUGGUCGUGUUUAUCGGAAGUACAAUGCAGUGACAGUUGUUCUCUUGUGCCUCCAAACGCCUACCAAAAGAUACGAUGGUAUCAAUGCUGUUUGCCAGUUAGCAGGAAUUCGCCAGAGUAUAGUGAAGAAGCGAGUGAAUGGCCUGAAUGGACAUUCCAGGAGUUGUCAAUUGGGUGGAGGAAUUUUCAGGAAAAAGUUUUUCGUUAGCGCAAAAGUGAAAAAGAAACCAAACGAUUAGUGCAUAUAAGAGAAGAAACGGAAGUGAUGCAUAGUCUUGAGGACUAACGACCCGACCCGCAAGUGAGAUAGAGAGAGUGCUGAAAAGUAGUGUUUUCCUCACGUCACGACAGAUUGCGUUGUCCCUUUGCGGAAGGAUUCGCACUGGUUUGGAGAGAGAGUGUGAGUGCGGCCUCAAUUUUCGUUGUCUGACAAAAUCAUCAGCAGGCAGAAGUAAAAAUCCUCGUUCACAUUAAAGUAUAAAAUAAGUUCAUACAUAGAGCAAGUACCGAGGAAAAAUAGUUAAGAAAAACUGGAGUUGUGUUGGGUAAAAAAAUAACGAUACCAAUUUUCUUUCUGAUCAGGCGGUUUAGAAAUUUAGCAUCCGGAGGCAACACGAACUUGCAUUCGUAAAACAACCAUACCGUGCAGUGUGUACAGCAUCCUAUUAAUCCUUUCAGUAAUCAGGAUUAUUUUUUGUGCAAUUUUCGACCCGGACGGAUUUCUGAAAGCUUUUAUAGGAAACCCGCAAUAGUUCGACAAUUCAAAUUAUCUGGUAGAUCGCAUUGUAUAGUAAGAAAAUCAGUGUACAGUCCCCAAAAAGGUGAAAUAAUUUUUUUUAAUAUUGUUUGUAUAAAGAGAGCCUCACUUGAAUCAAGUGUGCGAAUUGGCCUUUAUUAAGUUUCUCGGGAAGUUGCAUUUUUGUGAAAACCCUAGAAAUAAAACAACGCAAGUGGGCAAAACUAUAAGUUACUUUUAAGUGAGUGUAAAAACAGUUCGCCACGACGUCGACCAACAGCAACCAGCCACCACCGACAGCAGCAGUAGGAGUAGGAACAGGGUCGGGACCAUCAUCAUCGGGAAAAGGAGGAGGCGGAGGAGGAGGACGUCGACGUUCCCGCAGCCAAGUACCGAAUAGCAGCGGCGGUAGUGCCAGUGCUAGUCGGCGAAGCAGCAAAACGGAUUACGCUCGGCGGAGAAGUCCUCCUUCUUCGGUCACUGACGAUUCUUCCUCCUCACUACUGCUGUCAGUGUCUGCCGGAGGUCGCACGGCAGGAGGCACGGCGGGCGCAAUUGACCGCGAGCGCGAAAGCGGAGGCGGCGGCGGAGGUUCAGCUACCAGUCAUCAACACCAUCCACAUCCGCCUGAGUCGUAUGAGAAGAGUCAUAACAUGGCUUCGUCUAAUCACCGUGGAAUACAGAUCGGCUCGGCCUGGUUCCAGCGGAAAAUCAAUCUGCGACCGCAGCAUCGAGGUGUCCAUUUGGUGACCGAGGAAAUCCUGCGUCAGAUGCCAGAGUUGGGACAGUUCUCAGUUGGAUUGUGCCAUGUUCAGAUACUACACACAUCGGCCAGUUUAGCGUUGAAUGAGAGUUGGGACCCAGACGUACGGGACGACAUGGAGAUGAUGCUGAACAAGAUUGUGCCGGAAGGACUCCCGUAUCGACAUUCCUGUGAAGGUCCGGACGAUAUGCCCGCCCACGUAAAAGCGUGCUUUCUCGGCAGCUCACUGACAAUCCCGAUCACCGAUGGCAAACUGUCGCUUGGCACGUGGCAGGGGGUGUGGCUUUGUGAGCAUCGUGAUCACGCGGGCUCCCGCAAACUGGUGAUAACGCUGUCCGGUUGUCCCCGGGACUCGGCACGUAGUCCCCUCUCACCGGUAUCGCCAAUUGCGUCCACCUCCAGUUAGGGACGGCCACGCUCUGCUCGCGAUAGUCGGUAAUCGUGGGUUAGAGCGGUGCUCUGCUGUAACUUUCAUACUAAUAAGGGUCCUUACACUAUUGGAGUUAGCCUUUGCAAAAGGUUUUACAUGGAGACCUAUGAAUAAUGUUAAUUAGCAAGUAAAGGGGAGUCGGUGAAAUGAACGGUGGAGGCAAUUGGAACAGAUUUUAAUAAGCGAAAGUGAAGUCUCUAGGCAGACAGUUCAUACUAAUAAAAUCUAACAAUUAACAUAGAUACAGAAGGACGAAAGCGAAGAAAACAUCAAAAAGAAAGAUUAAUUUACAAUUUAUAUGAAAAAUAGUACUUUUAGAUAUAUAACAAAUAGAAAUCGCUAAACAAAUUUCACAUAAAACGCAAUGAUAAUAGCAUUAAGAUGUCUACUUGGAAGCUAAUAAGGAAAAUAAACUCGGAAACAACUAUUUUUUACCUAAAUAGGCAGAACUCAUUUUUCAUUUUUACCUACUGGGCGUAGGGAAAAUAGAACAACUAUUGAAUAGCAAAAAUACCAAACCUGGUUAGAAAUAGUGGAAUGAUAUUUUAGUUCACAUUUCAGUUAGCUAUUUUCGUCAAAAACUAUUUAGGGCAAAUAGGCUGAACCAACGCGAACACGAAUGCACAAAUAUGAAAGAAACUAGAAUAUUAAAUCAAGCCCAAACAUACAAACAAUUCUUAUCGUGUAGUAUCAAAUAAAAGUAGCAUUCCUCCUUAGUUAACUCACGUGAACCACACCAUCAAAUGCGAUAAACGGUACCAAUAUAUAAUAGCGAAUUAACUCGUUCACAUUUGUUAAAAGCUGUCGUAAGUGUUUUGAUUUCCACUUGAUCGAUCUUCAAGUCUAGUUUUCUUUUCGGUUCUAUUUUCCAGUUAUCUCGUUUACUGUUAUUAAUAGAAAGCAACAAGCAGAAUACAUGCAAACCAAAUCUUCGGUAAAAUAAAGAAAUGAUUGGCUCGUGGGCGAAUGCUAAUUGAGUAUAUGACCAACAUAUGAUUGAUCACUUGAAUGAGCCGAACAGUUACACUGGAAGUGUGAUUGUAAAAACCAUCAAAUUGCAAUUAGAUCGAAUGUACAUAAUGUGUAGGAUUUAGCAUGUUUUCAAAUGCAUCUUAUUGUUUUAAACAAUUCCAUAAAUUAAGUAACGGGCAGCAUAUUGUUUGUGCCUCUGCGAAAAGCACCAGGAUUGCGUGAAUGGAUAUCGUUUGUUUGGUGGUCUCUGAAUAAGCACGGAUACUGUUGACGAAUGCGAAUUGUUGAUUUUUGUUGUUGUUUUAGGCGGUGUCACACUCCGGUUUUAGAAUACAUCAGUUGUAGCAUGUAAAGAUUUUAAAUUGCAAUUUUUAGAAUCGAAAGAUCAGAUGAUGACGGGAGCAGGUACACGAAAGUAAUCGCGAAUGAAAUAGCGUUACUAUUAGUAAAUCGACGCGCUGCCUUUGACUUUCGAAUCAUGAUAGAGUUUCAUGGGUCGAUUACUCGUAUUCGUAUCGAUGUUUCCAUUUCAAAAAAGAUUUGUUAAUAACACUAUGUUUUGUUAAUUCGUUUCGAAAGACCUUAUUAUUUGCAACUAGUUCGAAUAACUUAAGUUGUUCGCUUCAAUAGCUAAUCUCACUCAAGUCUUUUUAGGUAGGGGUAAGGAUUGCCGUAAUUAAAACUGCAAGAAAUGUAAAACGCGUGAAAAUGCCGCGUUAAAAGAAAUAGUGCAUUAAGGAAAACAUCAACUCGAACAUCCGUCUUAAAAAUGCUUUCUCGUUCAUAGAUAGAAGGAUAAUCAAUAUCGUCAAUCAGCAAAUAUUCUGCAUUGAUCUAACCACACAGUAAAACUUUUGCUUAAAGAAUCUAUUUUUGAUUUUUUUGCAUUAUUUUUUUAUUGAUUCCAAUAUUUUUACAUUUCUGUACAUUAUUGUUCAUGUUCAGUGAUACAGUCGUUGCUUUUCAUCUUUUUUUGACAUUUCCUUUCUUUGAUUACUGUUUAACGGUUUGAAUUUUCGGUAGGCCGUAUUUUGGUUUUAUAAGUGAUGUGCAGAUUGGAAUAUGACUUAACCUAACUGAAACUAAACUAUGUCGAUUUAAAAUAGUUAUCUGAUUAUUGGGUGCUCAGAUAGAGUACAUUUGUCGUGGAACUUAGUAGGAACAGCUAAAAGUUUAUCGUGAAUUUCGGUUGUGUCAGCCGUUUCGUAAAUAGUAGUUGUCCUCGUAUGCCACAGCAGGUUGAGAAUCAUUUUCAAAGCUUGGUUUUGCAUGAUUUGAAUUUUGCUCCUAUGAAUUACAGCGCGUCGUCCCCACACAGGCAUAGCGUAUGGUACAACCGGGAGGUGAUAAAUUGCUAUUUUGUUUCUAAUAUGCAAAGCUGACCUUCUUUCGAUUAGUGGAUACAGAUUUUCUCUACGUGAGAACGGAAGAGUAGUUUACGAUCAAUCGUGAGCCCCAGGUACACCACCUCAGAGGGCCAAUCUAUAGGCAAUCCAUUUAUGAUGAUUUUGCAGACGGCUGCUGGAACGUGUUUCGCUGAUAGGCUAAGCGGAAAUAAAAUCGUUUGGGUUUUCCACGCAUUAAUUUUUAUCUUGCAAGUGUGAAGGUAUCUUGUGACUGUGUUUUUUUUAUUUAUUAACAGAUUAAGGCCGAAGUGGCCUGUGCCGUAUACAAAAGAUUCCUCCAUUCCACUCGGUCCGUGGCCGCGCGUCGCCAGCCACGCAGUCUGCGAAGGGUCCGCAAAUCGUCUUCCACCUGGUCGAUCCAUCGUGCUCGCUGCGCGCCACGUCUUCUUGUACCGGUCGGAUUGCAAUUGAGAACCGUUUUCACCGGGCUAUUGUCCGACAUUCUGGCUACGUGCCCGGCCCACCGUAGUCGUCCGAUUUUCGCGGUAUGACAGAUGGGCGGCUCCCCCAACAGCUGAUGCAACUCAUGGUUCAUUCGCCGUCUCCAUGUGCCGUCUUCCAUCUGCACUCCGCCGUAGAUGGUACGCAGCACUUUCCGUUCGAAGACACCAAGUGCGCGUUGGUCCUCCACGAGCAUGGUCCAGGUCUCGUGCCCGUAGAGAACUACCGGUCUAAUCAGCGUCUUGUAGAUGGUCAACUUCGUACGACGGCGAACUCUGUUCGACCGAAGUGUCUUGCGGAGGCCAAAGUAACGAUUUCCUGCCACGAUGCCUCUACGAAUCUCUCUGCUGGUAUCAUUGUCGGCGGUCACCAGUGAGCCCAAGUACACGAACUCUUCAACCACCUCGAUUUCGUCGCCACCGAUGCAAACUCGAAGUGGGCGGUUCUCAUUUUCUUCUCGUGAACCUCUUCCUAUCAUGUACUUUGUCUUCGACGUGUUGAUGGCAAGUCCGACGCGCUUGGCUUCUCUUUUCAGUCUGAUGUAGGCUUCCUCCAUCUUCUCAAAGUUUCGUGCAAUAAUAUCAACGUCAUCGACGAAGCCAAGUAGCUGAACGGACUUUGUGAAAAUCGUACCACUCGUGUCGAUCCCUGCUCUUCUUAUUACACCUUCCAGCGCGAUGUUGAAUAACAGACACGAGAGACCAUCACCUUGCCGUAACCCUCUGCGUGAUUCGAAGGGACUCGAGAGCGUCCCUGAGACACGUACUAUGCACAUCACCCGAUCCAUCGUCGCCUUCACUAAUCACUAAUCUUGUGACUGUGUCCAAACAGUUUUGAAGCUUUUUAGUCAGAUGCUCGCAGAGUAUAGCGAAGUGUACACGUUAUACAAUAUCACUCGAAGAAUACUUCCCUGAGGGACACCUACGGGGAUAUCAAAGCUAUUUGACAGGGUACCGUUGACGCUUACGUUGAAUCUUCUUCCACUGAGGUAAUUCUGGAUGAUCUUGAUAAGAAAGUUAGGGUAUUUGUUGCAUUACAACUUGUAGAUGAGCCCAUCGUGCCAAACGUUAUCGAACGCCUUUUCAGCAUCCAUUGGACAUAGCUGCACAUCUCGCAACGGCCGUGUUUCUGCCGAUGAUGAUGCUCAGGGUAACCAACGUUUCUCGUACAGCAGUUUCCAUAGGACUGCUUACUAUGGAGCUAUUCAGCUUGAUCGAAUUGAGAAUAUUCUCUGCUAUGGCUUUGCUUUCUCAACAGAAGCGAUGUCAUUUAGAGCUCACGGAGGAAUAUGUUGCGGUUUAGAUUUAAGAACCUUAGAUAUCCUUCAAAUAGGACGUUAGAGAGGGUCAAGUCUUCACACCAUGUUCGCGAAGUCGUGUCAAUUUGGCAAGAUUGUGUUUGUAUUUUCUUUCCAUGUCGUUUCCGUUGUAGUACUGCCUUGGGCAGUUUACGGAUGUUAGAUAGUGCGAUUGGAUCGCAAUUCAGUGUAUUUUUGAUCGCCAAUUUAACACCACCACCGCCCGAGUGGGUUCGAUCAAGUCCUAUAAUAGAGAAAUUGAAAUUUAUCCCGUUAGGAUCACAAUGUCUGUUCCUUGUAGCGCUAAAAACUAUCCUAAUUCAAUACGUUUCCGCGGUACUCCCCGGGAGUCAAAACUCCAAAAAUGAAGAGCCUUGGAUACUACAUCUCGAAAACUAUACGACCGCACAGUUGUUUUUCCGCCAAAAACGUGCGAAAAAUUACUUUGAAAAUACUCGAGAUAGGAAAAAUCAUGUGUUAAUAAAAAUUGUGUAUUUUGACGAUUGGAAGAAUUUCAUAGAAUAUAUGAAAUUCGUAGGAAUGAUAAUGGAAAGAAAAGAUAUUAAAAAAUAUUUUUGGGAUGCAUCCAAAUAUAACGAACUUUAACUUCUAAAGCGUUUAAAGAACAUACUUAGUGUGUUUGGUAAAGAUAUUCGCGAAAGCAAAUUCAACAACUUUUCGAAAGAUGUUUGGUCAUAACUACCACAAAAGAACUGCGCACUUCUAGGAGUAUUCGCUAAACUCAUAGCAGCAAAUCGCAGACCUUGCUAUUUUUGGUAAAUACCCCGAAAACACUAUUGACGUACACUUAGCUGUUUCAACAUAAGCAACCAAUUACUGCUUGAAACACUAUAUUUUUCAAAAGUUGUCGAAUUACUUCGAAAAUACACGACUAAUUUUGUAGUAUAGAAAGUUGUCCAUUUUGACAAUUCAAACUUUAUUACCGAACACCGAGCUUAUCAGCAUGAUAUCCAAAAAGUUAUAUCAAUGAAUUGGCUUUUAAGGAGUCAUCCACAAACAGCAAGUAAUAAUGUUGAAGAUAUUAAAGAUGAAGACUUUGUGUCUUCAACAAAGUUGUUGGCAAAAGCUUGCUCUACAACUUUGUUGUAGACAUAAGCUUAAUAUAUGUGCUUCCAAGAAAGUAUAUAAAUAUGUCUCACUUUUUGAGAGGUUAAUCAUUAAAAUCACACCACCAAAGGGGCUUAUAAUGACCACAAAUUUCUCCAAAGGUGUCAUGAACCCAAAUUUAACGAUUUAAGUGUAAUUAAUAGGUCGAACCAUUUUGUCAAAAAACCAUUGUGGACCGGUCAGAGUAAUGUUGAGUUUAUUGGGAAAAAGAAUAUUUGUGCUGAAUUAUACAUUCAAUUUUUGUCUGCAGAAAUAUUUUUCGUUUCUCGAUGAGAAAUAGGCGGCGGUAAAUAUAACAAUUUUUGAGAUGUUCUCCCACGCUUCUUAUGAAUCUGACUCAGAAUUUAGUAGCAAGAUAUCUGGUUGUCAUCAUGGACAGUUUUCCACCAAAGAUUUUAUAUGCAUAUUUUUUUCGAAAUACCCCAAUGAAGACGCCCUGUAGUUCAUAAAUAAUGUACCUAAAUAGGUUCAUUGUUGAAAAAUAAGUUGUUUGUACUAGAUUCAGGAAAACAUUUCUGCUGUUUGAUAUAAUUGGUCACUAAUAUCGAUGAGUAUAUUAACCCUUUAACGGCGUCUAUAUUCGCUGUGGACAAGAACAAAAUUCCGCCGCGAACGUAUUUCAUCGUGAAAUAUAUUAGAACAUUGGGGAUCUGAAUUAUUUUCUGAAGAAAAAAUGUGGUAUGCCCACUUUUUACUUUGAGUAUAGUCGUAUCAUGUCCAAACACGAAUCGCAAAAGACCGAAUGUGAUCUCCCGAGACUUCAGUCUAUUCACGACCAAUAGCAUUUUUCAGCAUUUCAAGACAAUGAAAAUCAGUUUUUCUGUCUUUUGGUGUAUUUUAGACUGACAAAAUGAGGACAUUAACGAAAUCGGAAAAUAUUUUUUGAAUGAAUUUCCCUAAAAGGGUCUUCCAGAGAAAAAUUUGAAAAACAACUAUAUUUUUAUUUUUGCAUGUUUGUGCUAAGAAAAGUGUACUCAAGAAUGAAUUUACUCCAAUUUGACUUGGUUAGUCUGCUAGAGUCAUUUUCAUGUGAGGCUGACAAAAUCAAGUUAAAUAGCUGACAAAAUCGGGAUCAGAUAGAAUCUGACAGAUAAAUUCGUGACUUCACUGUACCAGCGUAUUUUUUUUUCGAAGCUUACUUUAAAAUGAAACAAAAUGAAAAAUACAUAGUACUCGCGUCUGGGUAACAUCAUCCUAAUACAACACAUCCGAAAUGUGAUUCGGAAUUUCAGCUCGAAUGCAACAACCCAUUCUGACCGAAUCGACUGAUAUUUUGGAUAGAAAUGCUGAGAGAAAACUCUCCCACUGCGAUGAAUGGGGUUCAGCAGCGGAAUCUGCUGUCGAAACGACUGAGACAGAGACUUGUGAGGGAAAAAGUUUUAAUUUUUUUUAAAUAAUUUUUUUCUGGAGAAUAAUGGGUAUUAGAAUGUAUGGGCACAAACUCUACAACCUGUUCCUAUAUUUUUCUCUGCAUCAAAUUUGUAUUUAUUUUACAACUACAAUAUUAUAGUUUCACCAUAUACCCUACUUUUUACAUCUUUUCCAUACAUUUUAAUUCACGUUAACCAUCACCGAAGCAGCGCCAUCUCUUAAAUAUGUUCAUGAAAGUAUUACCUAAUUGACCAUAUUCAGUCAAACGCAGCAAAAUCAUCGCUCUAUCUAUUAAUACGAAUAACUGAUUUCUUCAUUUAUUUGAGGCGUAAAUUGGUAAAUUGGGGACGGGCAUAGCGUAGUUGGUAGAUCGAUUGCCUUGUAUGCAGCUCACCUGGGUUCGAUACCCAACCCCGCACAUAGGGAUAGAGAUUUUUUUCAAAAAGAUUUCUCCAACCCGAAAAGAUGCGAGUGACCCUAAGGUUAAAACCUCUAUAAAUUUUUUUUGGUAAACUGUCAAUUUCUAUGGUUUCUAACCUGUUACAGCGAAGACCCGAUUUUAUCAGCCCCGAUUUUGUCUACCUCCGAUUUUAUUAACUUUUUCACCCGAUUUGUCAGUCGCAUAUUAUAAUUGAUAGUUGGUAGUUUGAUGGGCUCUAGCAGAUGAACCAAGUUGAAUUCGAGUAAAUCCUUUCUUGGGCAUAUUUUUCUUAUCUUAAAGAUCCGAAAUAUGCAAAAACAUUUUUUUAUUUUGCGGUGUCAUACCACCUUAAGGGAAAUCUAAACUAAUUAAUCAGAAAGGCUUUUGAGGCUAUAUCUAGAGACUAAAGAAGGGGGAUUUUGGGAGUUUUAGCUUCUUAAAAAGAAAAAAAAUGUAUGUCCCGAUUUUGUUAAUGUCCCCGAUUGAUAAGCCUAAAAAUCACCAAGAGGCUGAUAAAAAUGGGUCUUCACUGUAUUAGUGCAAAUUUGACAUAGUUCACACGAGGGUCUGCCUCGAAGGGCAAAAUAGCGUAUCCGAAUAAGAAUGCAAAGAGCGGUAGAUUUGACAAACACAACACAUAUUCAAAAUAAACUGCAUAAGGUAUAUGCGUAUGUGUUCAAUAAUAUUAUUGGUCGCGAAUGCUCUGGAAAUCUCAAAAUGGCUGAAUGUACUAAUUUGUAUAUUCAGAUCAUUAUGUUUUAAAUAAUCUCGUUUUUCAUAAAAAAUCUGUUUGGGAUUCGAUGCAAUAUUUACGCAAUCUCGAUCCUGCCAAUCGUAAAACCAAAACCCUCGCGUUACAUAUCUAACCUUAUCUGGUAUCCUCUUGGGUUUUCACGCCAAUUGCGUGAGUGCGGCUCUGCCAGAAAUGUGCAUGGACGGACAUUUAUUAUUGUUUCGAUGUCAAGGGGUGGGCCGCUUAGCACAAAAUAUCGCCUGUGUCCCAAUGUGCCACGAUGUGCCAUAGUGUUCCACAAAACAGAAACACGGGUUUUAUGGCUAUGAUUAUUUAACAGCACUUUUCUGACUGUUGUUGAGUUGACAGAAGUGUGCUCCCACAUAGUGGUAACGAGUGAAAUGAUCUUGUAUUACGGUGGAUCGUUAUCUUAUACCGUGUUAUCGCUGCUGAUAUAGUGUGUAUGGUACAUUAUAUUACACGCAUGUCUACAUCAAAAACAUGUGUAAUUGAAUCCAAUUGUUUAUAACUUUAACCAUCAAAAUUAUUGGCUAGAAAAUAUUUUUUUCUUUGAGCAGCCGUAAAUUUUUGCUUUCAGUAACAGCAUUUUCAAUUUCAAUAAUUUUCUUUUCAUUUCAAUAAAAACAUUAUUAUAAAAGGGAACGAUAAUUUUUUUUUAUUGAACAAAUAAAUAAAUUUUAUUAAAUUCAAUUAGUACGUUUAUUGUCUUCCGACCAAUAAAUUUACUUAGGGUUACUGUGCCCUAAUUCAUCUUAGCUCCUCUAUUCAUCUCACCCAUUUAAAUAUAUUAGUUAAAGCAGUGUCUGCUACCUGUAUUCAACGCAUUAUCUCAAAUGGUAGGAUGAAUAAGGGUGCGUUGCAUUCGACUUUUCGCUUUGCUCAAACGCGAGCAUUUUACAUUUUCCAAGCCAUAUUUUUUAUGAUACUGCUUCUUAGGAAUGUAGCAAAGUUGUUGACAUCUAUAUAAGCGCAAUACAAUUACUCUAAGUCGAGUUAUCAAAGAAAUAGUGUGACAUCCUGAUUAAUGAGAUGAAUUAGGGCUCGUUAACUCUAUCAAAUUUAAUCCAUAUUCUUACUGAACUUACAAUUUUUUUCUGCGUGUGAACGACGCAUUCGCCCCGAAAAAAGUCCUUACUACUCCCCGCCUAGAAAAUUAAAAGCGUUCAUUUUUCCGGUUCUUCACACUUCUUCCGCACAUGCAUCUUUUUUGAUUGCGUACAGAUGGGAUCUGAAAUGUGAUCAGAAUUUAAAAAAAUCCUUUUAUCUACGUUACACAUUUGUACAACACCAACGCUCCUUUUUCAAAUCAUGCAAAGAAGCGCAACCUAUGCAAAAACGCUUUAAUUAAGAAAAAACACAUUAACUCAACGACUUUGCAAUCAAAAAAAACUUGAGUGUUCCUAUCGGGCCGUCGAAGCAAACUUCUCGAAAAUAUCAAAUAAAGCUUUAAUAAAACAAUUGUUUAUCGAAACAUAUUGGAAUUAGGUUCAGAUAAGAGGUUUUUCGAGACGAAUGUUGUUACGCCUAUUCGUGGAUUUUACUUUUUCUGGUCAUAUUUUAUUGUAGUCAAACGAGCGUUAAGUGCAAAACCUGUGCCUCAUUCACUUGCAGGCAUUAAUUACUUCUUCUUAGCAGAUUUUUUUGGUAGUCCUAUAAAUGUUCCCAACAACAACCAAUCCAAUAAUCGGCAUAACAUGGUAAUUAAUAUAUUCGAAAGUCAAAGCAUCGUAUAGUUUGAUGUUGGUGUUCCUUUUCGUAUUCGAUCGCUCAAAACACGUGCGCGAAGUUCGAAUUUACUAAAAGCUUUCGCCGUCUGUUUUCUCCGCGGUAGAAACACAUUCCAUCCCAUUGCGCUAAAACAUUUUUCGUCUAACACCACCCGUUGUAGUAUUUAGAACGUGUUUAAAUUCAUCCGAACGCGAAGUAGUACAGCCUGUAUAGAUAGAUGUAAGAACAGGAAUUAAAUCGCCUUUUUCGGCAACAAUGUUGGACAAACUAGAAAAUAUCCCUUUUGCACACUACAAUCGCUUCAAAAUUUAGAGGAAAAACAUAAGAAGUAAAAUCACGAGACGCACGGACAAGUUAGUCAUUAGUAUCAGCGAGAAAGCUAGUCUGGAAAUGCAGAGUUCAGAAAUAAAUCUUUUCACGUCCAUCCUUUUCUAUGCUGUAUCAUGUUGUAAACGAGUAUGAGAUAAGAUGAGAAAAUAACAGAAACGUGGAAAAUGUAUUUUGUUACUAUUAAUACUUUUUUUAAGUAUGAGUCAAAAUGAGGAACCAACGCAAUAGUUACUAUAAAAAAUUGUUAAUUUUUAACUAAAUCGCAAGAGAGGGUGAGAGAAAUUUUUUUGAACUGUGUCAGAGGAGCAAAAGAAGCAAAAAACGAUAAGAGCAAUUAAUUAGUCUGUAAGACACUAUGUAAUCUUUAGGAAAGAUUUGGGUAUCUGUUUUUCUACGGUAUAUUAAAUUUACAAUAUUUACUAUCUGGAAUUCGGAACAGCAGGGUUUCAUGAGAGUUGAACAAAUUGCAAUCUAAGUCUUCCAAAACGAGAGCUCUUCCCCCUCGUUCUGAAGACUCCACGUGCAAUGUUUUAUUCUAACUUGCCUAAUUGGUGUAGUAAUAUUGUUUUAACAAAAGACAAAUCAGCUUCUAAUUUGAGUACAGUUCGGACGAAAAUAAAGCUUUGUUCCAAUUUGAUAUGAUCUGGUGCUAUUCUUGUAGCUGGCGCUGCCUGAAAUCCUGCUGUUUGAAUAGUCAUAUUUCAGUUGAAUAUGAUUAUGCAUAUUGUCGUUAAGUUUACUUAUCUUUUAGUGGAUUCCAACUGCACAAUAAAUCAUACCACUAAUCAGUCCAACAGGACCGAAUCUGUAUUACGGCGAAGCCAAAAAGCGUUUGGUUUCAUUUGUAACCGAUACCACGCAUUAAAAACCAACAUAGCAUUAAUCACACAGGAGCACUGUUAAGGAAAUAACACAAGAGGCUAAAACCUUCAUCAUGACUCACAAUCGAAUUGUUAGUGUAUAGCGAUUUAGCUGACAUGCAAAAGUUGAGAGAAACAAAACCAAAAAAAAAAAAAAUUAAUAAAGACAAACAAACAACAUGCAUUUCCACAAGGACGUAAGACAAAGUUGAAAGAAACGUUAGAGAAAUGGCUUUAUCCGUCAAAAAGUGAAACCGAUAUUGGUCGAUUUUUGCUACGAACACUUUUGUAUACUAAACAGAGAGAUAUAUAUAACACGAGCAAAAUUUCCGCCCCUUUGUAUUAGGAUUGUGCAGAAGUGCAGCAUAGACACGUCUUUUUUUAUAUCGAUGAAGCUUACCAAAGACACCCGCCAACGCCGCCGCAAUACCGCAGAUGUUGUAGAAAUAGCAUUUUAAGACCGCGUAGGAUGGAACAUCAACCAUCCAAUCUAUAAACAAGUCGAGGACUUACAUCCGGUUUAUUUCAUCGUAGCUAGAAGCUGUAAAACCGAAAAUGUUAACAAUCGUAUAGCUAUAAACGGUAUUUUUUCAGUCCGAUCCGAGUUACAGAGAAGUGCGUAACCAUACCGUCGCAAAAAUAUUUAGAGAAAAACAACAUUUAGGCACUUUGAUAAAUACUGUUAGUUUUGAUUAUUUGAAAGACUAGAAUAUCUUGCUCAUAGUUUGUGUCCAUUUCGCUACGCUGCUAACUACUAUGAAUAGCUAGAUCGCUUUAUUAAGUUAAUAGAGGUAAACUAGUUAUGAAUGCGCGUUAUGGAGAUACAACGUUCAACGGAAUAAAAUUCUAAACAAAAAACCCGGCUGACAGACUAAUGUUUCGAACAAAUUAGGUUUGCUAGAUACGAUGAACUGCAUGAUGUGAGUAUGCACCUGUUUCUCAUUCAUUUAUGACUAAAACUUACUUUGUUUCAGGACAUUUGUACAUUCGUUUUAGCUGCACAUUAAUGUGUGGUGCUGCAAGCAUUAGCCUGAUUUAACAAUGGGCGCCAGAGGGACGUCAUCUAGAGACUAGAAGAAAAUAAGUGACGUGCCUAUGGCAGUUGGGCCCGAAAUAUUUGUUUGGUUUACGCAAAAUUGACGGUGUUUGCCAAUUCGUACACAUUUCAAUUUCUUGCUAAACUUCUCUAAAUUAUGGUUUCAAAGUAUCAUCCCAAAACGACAUAUGAGAUAGCCAAUAUAUCGUUUUAUUCGUACAUAAUCAUAUUAAACCACUGAUCAUCCAAUUUCUAGAACAUGUGAUACAUUACGUUUAUCAUUCGUUUAGUUUUUCUGGUAUGAUAGUAUAGGAGCAAGGCAUUGAUCUCAUGAGUCAUUAUAUCUUCGAAUUCCGACCACGGACGUUCCGAUGUCUUUUAAAUUUGAAUACUCCGCUAGUCAAUCUCAGCGAUCGGCAUUCAUCUCCGCUGAAUCAUUUAUUUUUAGGUUGAGGGCAAUUUGGUGGAUUAGUCAAUGAUAGACAUCCCCACUCUACUAGUUUAUAGUUUUAUGUCUCGAUGCCCAUAGCUACAUAUCUCCACUACUUUGUUAUUAUCUUGAUAUACAAUUUUUGAACACGUCUUUUCGCUACCAAAUUAUAAGUUCUAUUUUAGCGCUCAAUUGCACGACAAGAACGAUAAUCUUCUCCAAGAUGGAUUCUCCGGAUAGCAAUAUAUUUUAUUACGAUCCGAGAAUUCUGGAUUUUCCCUGAUUGAUCUCACUAUUUCACUCGAAUGAUGGUUUUCAGUUCAUCACAGUCAGAGUUAAAAAUAAUCGAAGCUCUUUUUUGGUCGGGUUCCUUUCCUUCGGCACGUACGGUAUCUUUUUCUGCUCAAGAUACACCAGCGUCUUUACGGGUAAUGGGAAGACGCCUUGUCCGGCCAGAAGACGUACUUCCCAUUCGCAUGAUGCUCCUUUAUGAUCGGCAGAAGAAUUUUCUCAAGACGCUCCUUCUGGUUCAUUUGUUGAUUGAUGACCAGACCGCUCGGCUUCAACCACAGCUUUGAAAUCCCUCUGUCCCGGCAUGGCGAUGUACAGCAUAACUUUUUUCAAAUUUAUGCUUAAAUUUAUGUUUUACUUCGGGGGUGUAGCCGACAUGUCGCUGGAAUAUUAGCUGUCAUUUCCUGGAAUGUGGAUCUUCGAGAGCGGAAAGUGACUUUCGUCGUCCAGAACGAACGACGUCCCGCGGUAGUUCUUCGUCAUCCACCGGCCCUGCGAUUUCACGAUCGCUAGUUGCUCGUCCGUGUAUUCGGAGGACCGAGUCUUCUUCCAACAGAUGAUGUCCUCCAUCUUGAGGGUUCGGUGAAUCAAGCUAUGGAAGCAGUGAUAUUUUCGGCAAGUGUCACGCAAACUCGUUCCGUCCUUGUUGUCGUACAGCUUUUUCAUCGCUUCCUUCUUCUUCUUCGUCAUCUCCUUCGCCAGACGGACGGUACGGGCCUUCCGCUUCACGCUCAGGGAUGCCAGGAUCCGGUAAACUGUACUCACGGGCACGUUUUCGUUUCGAAAGUGGUCUACCGUAAACUUUAUUCAACGAUGACCAUGCGUUUCGUAAAACCGCACAACACGCUCGCGGAUUGCUUGCUGUUUUGACGCCAUCUUCGAUUGAACUGACAACACCCGAGUGAAAAGAAAUAUGCCAUCCAUUUCUGGGAAGUCCAGAGAACAAUUCUCUGGGAGCGAAAAAAAUGUACGCUCUUUACUUUAAUUACAGAAAGAUAUUGAAAUCAUUCUCAUUUUUUAUUGAACACCCGUUACGUGAUUAAAAAAUGCAAAUGUUACCGAAAUUUCAGAUAAUUAAUUCUACCGAAAUCAAUAAUGGAGCUCCACAAAUAAUCUAAGUGUGACAUUUGUUGUGAUCGGUAGUAUCUAAUGACAAUUCGGCAGUCCUUCAGAUUUUUCUGAUUAGCGGAUUAUUUUUUGUUUAUCUCUUCUGACGCUAUUCGAGUGGGUGGCGACAUCCGACAAAAACGUCGAUUCGAUCCAACAUCAAACGAAUCGGACCAAUGAAAGAUAAUCGUCGGAAGGAUUUUUCAUACCACAUUCGUCUGAAAAAUUAAUUUAUCAAUAUGCAAAUCACAAACUAAUGUUUUGUAGCCACUCAAUGAUGAUAAACAUUGUGCUUCAAACACUUUCAUUGUCGGUGCAUUGUCAAUCCUAAGAUAAUUUGGCAUUUUGUCGAAUUGUUGCUUUGAAUGAAGCAAAAAUGAUCGCAAAAAUUGCAACACGACUUUUCAUGAAAUCAACUUCAACUUAGUUGAUCUACCUUUUACGCGCACCUAUUCUCCUGGAGUCUGUCGAAUAAGUUCCUAAAACCAUUUUGAUCGGUUUGUUGGCAUACCCAGUCCACCCUACACGCAUACGAAAAUCUACCUAAAGCUCUUUUGACUCAAUUUGGGGAUAUCGUACGAUAAGACAACUUUAAACCGCGUUAAAAAUUGUUUCUACCCGAUCCGCUAGAACAACUAUCCCUGCACGACCCCUGAUCAUUACGGCAUUAAUUCGGGGAGAGGUGCUUUUAUGUGCACAGAAAACACACUCCAAUCCAACUACUUAGUAGUCAGUUCUUUUAGUAGGGUUACACCCCUCCUCGCCACACUACCAGUUUUCGACCAUCUAUACAACGUGGUAAUUUCUGUAUGGAAGUAGAAAAAUUAGAGUCGAGAACAAGUGCUGUUGCCGCACGAGGCCAAUCUGAGCGGUAAACUUCAGGUUGUCUAAUUUACUGAGCCCUUCGGCUACCUUGUGCCAUUUAGCACCACUUCCUUGUUGAGCUCCCGAAUUGUUCGCGUACUAAUCGUUCUAAUCCCCGAAGAUUGACCUAGUCUACUCCGACGGAGAACUCUCCGGUGAGAUAAGUUCUCCUGAAACCGAGCCAGCCAAACAGGUACCGAUGACUGUUCGGCGAUUCCGGCGGAGCAGGGCCUCGACUGGUGGUGUCUCGUUGCGGUAUACUCAGUCUAGUUCCCGGCGGUGAAUCUAGCUUACGCCGACGGAGUUCCCCGGCGAAAGAAGUUCUCUCAAGAUGGAUUCUUCUUUCAUUUCAGCACCACAACUUCUUGCGCCCUUUGGUUCCCUUCUCGUGCGAUUUAGCACCUCUUCCUCGAUGAGCCAUUCAGCUCCCGAUUUGUUAGCUAACUACUCGGUCUAGUCCCCGAUAAUGAACCUGGUCUACUCCGACGGAGAGUUCCCUGCCGAGAGAAGCCAACCAGCCAGGUCCCGAGGGCGUUCGGUUCGCUGGUGCCUCGACGACCCGCGUGUGGUGGUAUCUCGUCCGGGUCUACUCAGUCUAGUUUCAUCUCUUCCCAGUAAGUUCAACCGGAAAAUGACCCAGGAUUCUGGCUGGUUCUAGCCAGUAUUCCGGCUUCAGUGACACAACCGAUUCUAACUAGAACUGGUUUUGCCACUGGAAUUGCAAUGCUAACUGGAACCGGCCAGAAUUUCGGGUUAUUUUUCGGCUGAACUUUACUGAGUUUACUUGAACUCCUGUUUGUAUCCUGACAAAAAGUAUGCGCAAAGGUGUGUCGUUGCGUGUUUCGCUUGCACAAUUAACGAAGCAUUAACUUCAAUUUUGUACAUGUUGACUAUACAGUCGCUGGUUGGUCACAUUUUAACUAGACCGCUUUUUAGAUUUGACCUCCGCUAGUUGGAUCAUUGUCCAACUAAAAAGCAUCUUAAUGUCAAAAUUUUACGUCAAAUUCACUUUGACACUCAAACUUACAACAAAUAGAGAUGUGAAUAGAUGCAUUUUCGGUCCAACCAGCGAAUCAAAUUCGUUAGUUGGACAGAGGCUGUGAUCCAACGAGCGAAUCACGACUGUAUUUCGUUAUUAUUCUAAUUUUAAGGCGACUACACUCUAUUGAACUGAACUCCAAAACUACGCUACCAUAACUAUUUUUAUGCUUGGAGCAGCGCUUGAUUAAGCUAAAUAUUACAUCGUGUUACAGUCAUUGCCGAAAUUCAUUCUGGAAGGGAGUGUGGUCGGAUUGAUCUGAAGUAGCAAACGAGAACGUACUGGAUUGACUUCAGAAUGAGUUUCAAAAACACCUUGCAUGUUCACACAAAUCACUAUCACAUUAUACUAAUAAAAGCAAAAUGAUAUCAAAAUUCAUGGAUACGAGCAAGAUACACAAAGAAAAAAUGAAACAAGUUUAUUGAACUGAAAGAUCGACAUGCUGUACUUUUAAUUACAUUUUUGGCAUUACCACGAUACACGUUUUAAAGUGUAGUUUAUGUUCAAGCCAGACCAGAAACGAAUCGAGAUAAUUGUUGACUAUAAAGACUAGACAUACAUUUUCAAAAGAUUGGAACCGAAUCUGAAGAAUUUCUUCUGGAAGCGGUUCCAGUUCUACGAACAGUGGUUGAACUAAACGUAAUCAAUCUAAUCAAUUGGAGUAAUGUAGAUAAUUCCGGAAAUAUAAACACACAAAUACGCACUGCCAUCUUUGAACAAUUUUCUUCUGGGAUAUCCUCAAUUUCAUCUUUUUUCGGAAAUGGAUAAACCAUUCCUGAAUUAAAUUGGUUGCUUCAAUAUUUGGCUGGACGAGUGUAGAUUUGUAGAAACCACAAUUUUGCUUAGUUGAAAGUCAGAAUCUUUCAAACACGGAAAGAAAUAACUAUUUUUGUAUACUCUUUUGGAACGUUUUGCGAUAUUUUCAGUGAUUAAAUUUUGAUAACAGAGAAGUAAACAAUUAGUAUAUUGAUAAGCAUUUUCAAUCCUUCUCUUUCUAGAAAAAAAGGUAUGAAAACAUUUACAAAGCAAAACUAUUUUUUCAAACAAAUGAACGGAGCAAAACUAGCGAUAUUAUUAAUUUACUGAAAACCAUGAAGCAACAAUGAUCUACGAGUACGUUACAGUUGUUAUGCAAGCAGACAAGCAGUAAAAACGUCAUUGGGAUGUAUUCUAGGGUAAACAAAGAAAAAUCGACAAUAUGUACAUAGAAAAAAAAGAAACAAAAAUAAAAGUAAUUUGAUUAUUAUUUGAAACAAGCAGAAACUGGAAAGUAUAUUAAUGUUAUCACAGAAAAUAUAAAAUUGCAAAAAAACAUUUUGAAUUAAUUAUAAGAGAGUAACUAUCGAUAAUUAUGAAAACCGCGCGAAACUUACUAGGAUUUUCUUGUAAAUAAUUAGUACUAAACGAAAGAUGAAAAUUAAAACCAAAACACUAAAUACUGCAGAAAACAUAAUGUAAAACAAAUAGCAAAUAGACACUAUAUUCAUUGAUAACAAAAGAAAAAACGCAAAUCCAAGCAACCAAAUCCGAUUUAGAAACAGUCGAAAAACGAUGCAGCAAAAAGAAAUAAAACAUGAAACUAAGACAUACGCUACACUUUGCAGAAAGAAACAUGAUGACGAUGACAACAAACAAAACAAUGAAAAAAUAAAUUACAAUAAAAAAUA